AUGGCAGCUAUAUGGAUCCAUCCUCGGGUCCAAAAAAUGUGGAAUAAAUCCAAACAAAAAAAAGGAAAGGUGCGAUUUUCUCUUGAUGAAAAGAACAGACCAUAUCUUUCUCAGGUGGAAAUGCAGGCAGUUGCAGAUAUAGUUCUAUCCAAACGCCUCAACACAGCGGAUAUUAAAUCUUCAGUACUUUGUGCAAUUGGGGAGGUUUCUAGCAUGCGUUUUGUACAUGGAGUUGGAUCGCGACCUGGAAUAAUGGGGAUUGACUAUUCCACUGCUUCUUGGCUUUAUUUUGAUUUGGGCUCCAAGGCUUAUGAACUUGAAUCCGUUGAUGAUCUUAACAAUCCAUUUGUAUCCAUGUACUUUGGAGCCGCUUACGUAGCAUGGUUGUCAGAAUAUGAAGGAAGGGAAAGAAAUCCAGAGUUUUUUGUUGAAGCAUAUUUUGUAGGGCCAAAAAAUGUGAACCUUCAGGAUACCAGCACUCUCUGGCUAGAAUUCAAGGAAACUCUCAGCAAAUAUGAAGAAACAAAGAGGAAGGGUGAUAGUUGCUCUAUCAUGUAA